AUCGCAAAAUUCCUUCCCGAUAGCAACAAGGAGCAGUCCGAUUACAGGAAGCAGCGCUUCCAGAUGCUCUUUGGUGGCAUUGAUGCUGUUGCAAAUGCCGCUGGAUCUGGUGAUUCUUCGGACCCCAUCGCUGCGGCGUUGGCUGCUCACGGAGAUUCUCAGAGGAACAAGAAGAAAUCCAUCAACUCGACCAAUUUCUUCUCCACCAACUCGCAUUGGAUGUAAAAUUGAUCACAUCUGUACAUGCAGAUAGUGGAAACGUUAGACGGAAGCAAGCGACUGUCCUCAAAGCAGCAACAGGGGCUUACAAUGUUAUGAAGUGAAUCUUUUUACCCGA